AUGCCUGGCAUGGUGAUGUUCCGGCGGCGCUGGUCAGUCGGCAGUGAUGACCUGGUGCUACCCGCCCUCUUCCUGUUUCUUUUACACUGCAUCUGGCUGGUGGUUCUGUCUGUGGUUCUGUUCGGCUUGCCGUAUGGCUCAGAACAGUCCUGCUCUGUGACACUGGUGGACCAUGGCCGUGGAUACCUGGGCAUCCUGGUCAGCUGCUUGAUCUGUGAGAGCGCCAUCAUGUGGCUGAGUAUGAGAGGGAGCAUACUGUACACCCAGCCCAGGGAAGCUGUGCAGUAUGUCCUCUAUAUACGACUUGCCAUUCUUUUGGUGGAGCUUGUCUAUGCUGUAGUUGGAAUUGUUUGGCUUGUUCAGUAUUACCAGCCAUGUUCUGAUGUCACAGCCAAAAAUCUGGCUCUAGGUAUUGUUGCAUGUAAUUGGCUUGUUAUUCUCAGUGUCUGCAUCACUCUUAUGUGCACCUUUGAUCCCACGGGGCGGACAUUUGUUAAGCUCAAAGCAACCCGGCGACGGCAACGCAACCUCACAACAUAUACACUCAGACACAGACUUGAAGAAGGCCAAGCCAGCAGCUGGAGCCGGAGAUUAAAAUUUUUCAUGUGCUGUACAAGAGCCCAGGACACACAAUCAGAUGCUUAUUCAGAAGUGGCUAGCCUUUUUGCAGAAUUUUUCAGAGAUCUAGACAUUGUGCCUAGUGAUAUUAUUGCCGGCCUGGUUUUGCUCCGCCAGAGACAAAGAUCGAAGAGGUCUGCAAUCUUGGACCAGGCCAACAAUGACAUUAUAGCCUUUCUAUCUGGGAUGCCUGUGACUCGUAACACUCGAUACCUUGACCUUAAGAAUUCUGGUGAAAUGAACAGUUACAAAGAGGUGUGCUAUUACAUGCUGUUUGCACUUGCUGCAUAUGGUUGGCCCAUGUACCUGAUGAGGAAGCCAGCUUGUGGGUUGUGCCGCCUGGUCAGCUCUUGCCCCUGCACAUCUGUUUCUGGCUCUCGCUUGUCUCAGUCUGUCACUGUGGAAGAGGAUAAUUGUUGUGGCUGUAACGUGCUGGCCAUUCGUAGGCACUUCCUGGACAGGGAUCUCAAGCAGGUCCAGAUUGUCUACACAUCCUGCCAUGAUGCUGUUUAUGAGACUCCGUUCUUUGUGGCAGUCGAUCAUGGAAAACAGAAAGUCGUCAUCAGUAUAAGAGGAACCCUUUCACCUAAGGAUGCUUUGACUGAUCUGACUGGAGACUCUGAGCGGCUUCCGGUGGAGGAACAACAUGGGAUUUGGCUCGGCCACAAGGGAAUGGUUUAUUCAGCUGAGUACAUUAAGAAGAAACUGGAACAGGAAAUGAUCCUGUCACAAGCUUUUGGAAGGGACCUGAGCAAAGGCACCAUGCACUACGGGCUGGUGAUUGUUGGACACUCUCUUGGCGCAGGGACCGCAGCCAUCCUCUCAUUUUUGCUUAGACCUCAGUAUCCAACUCUCCAGUGUUACUCCUAUUCCCCACCCGGUGGUCUUCUGAGUGAGGAUGCCAUGGAGUACUCCAAACAAUUUGUCACUUCUGUGGUGUUGGGAAAAGAUUUGGUUCCAAGGCUUGGACUCUCACAGCUGGAGGGUUUUAGACGCCAUCUCCUGGAAGUGUUGCAGAAGAGUAACAAGCCAAAGUGGAGGAUUAUUGCUGGCGGCACUAAAUGCAUCCCUAAAUCAGAGCUUCCUCUGGAGGAUGAAGAUCCCCAGUCCCAGCCCGCAGCGCCCCCUAGCAGUCGCCUGUGGCUCCACCCCAGUGACCUCAGCAUCGCCCUGUCCGCUUCCACACCCCUCUACCCUCCCGGCAGGGUCAUCCACGUUGUGCACAACCAUCCCCCAGAGACAUGCUGCGGCCAAGAAGAACCCACAUACUCUGCUCUGUGGGGGGACAACAAGGCCUUCAAUGAGGUCAUCAUAUCACCUGCUAUGCUGAAUGAACAUAUGCCCCACAUGGUGAUGGAGGGACUCAAUAAGGUGCUGGAACCCUUUAUUCCCCUGUCAGAGCAGGAUAGCCUGGAGGCAGAGGAAGCAGAGCCCACGUACAGUACCGCUGUGCUUGUCCUGGAAAAUUACAAUAAAGGAAAAACUGCUCUGUUGUCUGCUGCUAAAAUCAUGGUGAGCCCCACGGAAGUGGAUCUGAACCCUGAGACCAUCUUCAUGGAUGCAACGGCCACCUCCGAGCAGCCGACCCCAGCCCCUCAGCACCGCAGGAACAGCAGCGUUCGUUCUGUUGCCCAGUCAGAAAUAUCCCUGGAUGGGUUCUCUGAAUGCCCUCCUCCACCGGUGCCUGUCGUCUUACGUGGAGCUCGGGAGCGGCUCACAGUUGAGCUGAGGGAUCGAAAAGCUCCUCUGGCAGUCAUGGAGAGUCUGUCUGAUGCAGAGUCACUAUACAGCCUGGAUUCGCGACGCUCCUCGGCUGCUUUCAGGGGGUCACCCAUGUUGGGCAGCCUGCCGUUUCCUUUAGAUGCCCCUAUACCAGAGGAAAACCCAUCCCUGAGCUCUAGAACUGAACUACUCGCUGCUGACUCUCUCUGCCAGGCUACACCAGAGCAUCUUGGUGAGGUCGGGCCCUUCUUUACACCCAAUUGUGAAUCUUCAUUGACUCCAGAUUACCCUAUGCGAUUAUCUCCUGCCACCCCACACUACAGCGGGCACCACUCACCCACUUUGCGCACCCAUGGUGUCCAACCUCCACCUUUCAAAGCAGAGUCGAAGUCCAACUCUAACAUGCUUCCUGACGGAGAGUACCAAGAGAUCCCUGGUGUCUACAGUCCUGGGAGUACUCCUCCUUCCAUGAGUCCUCAAGUUAAUUCGAGAGAUGUGGAUGGAGAAAAGGGAGGAUGGAACAUGGGAGAAACCGCUAAGACUGCUUCUACACCGUCAUCUCAGCUGUCUAAUGGAAACACAAGUCAGGCUGUGCUGGAGUUUGCCCAGUACUUGGACUCUUUGUUCAGGCUGGAUGGCAGCAGUUCACCUCCUUUAGACCUUUCUGAUGGAGAGUCUGAGUCAGGCAGGGGCUCAUAUGGCCAGGGAGAAUGCUUGGGAGACCGACAGUCAUUGGAAGACAAACAGCUUUUGGCCCGAGCCACACUAGAACCAAACUUGGUCCCGAAACCACCUCGCACUUUUGCUGGAUCUGCAGACCCAUCAUCUGGCAUCUCUUUAUCUCCCUCAUUCCCACUAUCAUCUUCAGAGGAGCUCAACGACCUAUCUCCAGCAGAGGGUGCUCCAACAGCCAUACACCCUCUUCGAAUAUCCUCACCCUGCCACUGUCCGGAGGACAACACACUGUCCUCUAUGGUGUAG